UUUUUUCCUUUUGGAGGCGUUGAGGGCACCGCAUGGCCUCACUCUGCUGCUGCCCUGUGAGCUGCUCCUCCUCGACACCAGCCCCCCGUGUUCGUGCACUCGUUCUGCGCGUCACGCUCUGGAGAUUCUCGUGUGCAUCAUUGUUCUUUUUAUAUUUUUCAUCUGCUGCAGUUAUAUCCUUGCGAUGUCGACCGUCUCGGACGCCUGCGGGGACUAACUAUCACCUGGUGCGGGCACUGGGGAAAAACACACACCAUGACCUGCGACCAUGGCCGAUAACAGCUUCAAUGGCUUCAUCGCUGUUGGACCCAAGUCUCAGUUGCCAUCUAUUGCUUCUUUCUUUGAUCAUCUAGAGCUGACUAUCAAAUCUUGAUUUGUUUCGUUUUGAUACUAUGAGCGGUCAAUGUCGACUGGACUCUGUUGUAUAUUCCUCCUCUAUACAUUCGCACGGGCAUCAACAGCCAUAUAAAAUUCGAAUGCGUUGAAAGGAUGCUUGGUCGGUCUUAAUCCGAACCGUGUCUCAUCUUCCAAAGCUACCAUAGCCACCAUCAAUCACUAACAAAACUCAUCAUGUCGAUCGCUAGCUAUCUUUCUUCUGGUGUUUC